AUGUGCACCACCCUCUUCCUGCUCAGCUUGGCCAUGCUGUGGCGCCGUAGAUUUACCAACCGAGUGGAACCAGAGCCCAGCAGAGUGGACGGGACAGUCGUGGGCAGCGGCUCGGACACAGACCUUCAGUCUACUGGCAGGGAGAAAGGACCGGUGAAGUAAGCCUUCACUUCUUCAGGCAGCUCGACUCUGGGGACUGCGACCCACCCACUGGCCCUAACAGCUGGAGUCCUGGUUCACCUCCCAUCCCAGGAGGAUGCUGUGGUGCUCAAAGCAGCUGCAGGAGUGAAAACAGGAGAAGCGGCCAUGGAAAAGAGGGAUUUGGCUCUUGCUCUGAAGGGAGCCUCACAGAUUCCAGACGGCUGUGACAAGCCCAAGCAUCACGCCUCUACAGUGUCCCAGAGCCAGAAGAGAGGCUGUUGUUUUUAAAGGCAAGAAGAAUUCCCCAGACUUGGCCGGAAUUGUAUUGUAGACAAGAUGGAGGAAGAACAGCUUCCAGGCCGGCCACCAACAUGCCUGCAUACAGACGUACUUCCUGUGAAACCACUGAUGCAGAUGCUCCAAGUGUAAGCCGCCAGCGCCGUGGAGGUAUCACCACCCCUCUUUCGUGAUCUUAUUAAUAAAAUC